CCCGGCAGAGCAUCGCCCGCAGCCCCCUCCGCAGGGGCAGCGGCCGGAGGGGGCCGAGGAUAUUGGGAGAGGAAAGGCUCGGGUGGGAAGAGUUUGCUUGGGAAUUGCCUCUCGGAACGACCUAGGCGGGUGUCAGCAGCACAGCCCAAAUCCCUGCCAGCCGUCCAAGGGGAGCGUGUGCUGUAUGCUGCGGCAGAGCUGGGUGCCGGAGUGCCAGCGGGGAGCUGUAAGCCAGGCUAGAAACGUGCAGGGUGAGCAGGGAGGGCAGAAAGUGAAUGCUGCGGGAGCUUCACGGAGGGCACGGCAGGGAAAUGGAGCAGUGCUCAGCAUGGGGAGCCUGUGGGGGUCCCUGCUCUGGGGGUGUUGGUGCCCCAUCCUUGCACAAAACCAUUCUGUUGCACUUGUUGGUGAUGCCAAGCCAGAGCGCAGCCUUGGAUAAGUAGGGCUGGCAGGUCUAGGGGAAGAUGAAGCAAGCCGAAAAGCAUCCUGACCUUGUGAAACACCAUCCCUCACCUCCCCAUCAGUAACUCACGCCUUCCCCCAGCACUUCUCACACAGAAAAGUGGGAGAGAGGUGGAGGGGUGUCCCAGGAGACCUGGACAUUUGCUGUGAUUUCUCAAUGGCAGAACUGAGUUUGUUUUAUCUGUCCUGGCCGGUUUCUUGUAACAAUUGUCAGGCCCUCAUUCCCUGAUGAUAAGGAGAAAGUGGCUACUUCCUGAAAAACAGUGCAUGCGUAGUGCACUGCAUGCAUAGUGUCCGCAGUGCCUGUACUGGAGCAAGUGAAGGAGCUCUUAGCACGGCUUGUUUCAGGCUGACACUGAGGAAGAAAAAUAUGCCAUUAAAACCGUUUAAGUACCUGUUGCCUGAAACAAGGUUUCUUCAUGCAGGCAGACUUGUGUAUAAGUUUAAAAUCCGUUACGGUAGCUUCAAAAGUGCUUCUGAACUAGAUAACACUGAAAGUGCUGUCAAGGAGUUAGAGGAAGCAAUUCGAGUAAUCCUUGGAAAUCUUGAUGAUUUACAUCCAUUUUCUACAGACCACUUCACUGUCUUUCCCUAUUUGCGUAAGUGGGAGAGAGUGUCAAAAAUGAGAUUCAAACACAAAAAUGUGCAUCUUUCGCCUUAUCCCUACAUCUGCAUUAUGUACCUAGAACUCAACUCAUUUCAGCAAAAUUUAUCUUUUGGUAAAGAAGUACACGGCGACAGUUAUGAACUUGUCAAGAGAAGAAAUGAGAUGUCAGAAAGUACUGAAAUGGAAGGAACAGUGAAGAAGAGAAGAGUUGAAGGUCAAGCAGAGACCUCAUACCCAAAGUCAUGUAUCAACAGACCUGGAGCUGAGAGCGUUCACCAUAUAAUUAAAGCAAAGCAUGGAUUUGAAAUGAAUUAUUCCAAAGAAAUUCAGUGUGAGCUUAGUCCUGCAUCCCUGACCAUGGGCUGUAACCAAGAGAAUUUAUGGGAACCUGUGGAAUAUAAUGUGGAACAAAGUACAGAAACCAGUCAGGCUGAAGGUGAAAUGCAGCUACUGCAGCAGAUGGAGCAAAUCAGAAACAAGAGAAUUGGGCAGUCAAAACGAAGAGGUCUCUCAAAGUUCUGGAGAAGCAUAUUAGUUUCUCCACUACAUCAUCUUUUUGGUGGAAAGAACUGAACUUGAAGUAUUAAUUGUUGUGGAAAUGUGAACUUCUACUGUGAACGUCAGGUUGUAUUGUUUCUUUUGCAAUUCAGCUUUUCACAUUGCUUGUCUCAGCUAUUAAAUGCUUUAAAUCAAAUUAUCUGUUUACAUUUUAAAAUCAGUGUACUGAGGAUGUUGGGUUAGAAGUAGUAUGUCUUCACAUCCUAUAGUUUUUGGAAAAAGCUUUAAUAUUUUGUUCUUUAAGUGUGAUAAGUGUUUUUACAUUUUAAAAUCAUUAUAUGAUCUUCUAAUAAAACAAACAUCAUCUUGGAA